AUGGACUCUAUGGAGCUUGAGCGCGAGAAAGGCAUUACUAUUCAGAGCGCAGCAACGUAUUGCGACUGGAAGGCUACGGAACCGAUUGGUGGGCAAACGAUUGAUUACAAUGUUAAUAUCAUAGAUACUCCUGGACAUGUGGAUUUCACAAUUGAAGUAGAACGUGCACUUCGAGUCUUGGAUGGCGCAGUAUUGGUUUUAUGUGCUGUUUCUGGCGUUCAGAGCCAAACUAUCACGGUCGAUAGGCAAAUGCGGAGAUACAACGUUCCACGAAUUUCGUUUAUCAAUAAAAUGGAUAGGGCUGGGGCAAACCCUAAUCGGGUCGUUCAACAAAUUAGGAAUAAACUUCGUAUGCCUGCAGCGUUGGUUCAGGUUCCCAUCGGCACGGAAAGCGAAUUCUCUGGCGUGGUUGACCUGAUUCGUUGGAAGGCAAUCUAUAACAAAGGCGUCAAAGGCAUUGAUGUCGAAGUCGCCGAUGAAAUCCCGGCUAGCAUUCUCCCUCUUGCAGAACAAAAGCGCUCAGAAUUGAUCGAAGUAUUGGCCGACGUAGACGAUGUGAUUGCAGACAAAUUUAUUGCUGAAGAGCCUAUCACUCCGUCCGAUCUCGUGCCUGCGAUUCGUCGGGCAACCAUUGGCCUCAAGUUCACGCCCGUAUUUUAG